CGACGUAUUUGUCUUCAGUGAACAACGCAAAAUGAACGGCAGCACGGCGAAUCUCACUGGAGGAAACUCCACGGCGUACGAGACUUUCUGGCCGUGUUUCUCCUCUUACAUGAAAAAUAAGGUGGAGUACGACCUGGCUGUAGCCGCGUGCUUUCAUCUCCCCAGUCCGUAUGUGGACGAGAACAAGAAAGUCGGGAUCGUCUCAGCAACUGUCGGGACAGUCGCUCUCCUCAUGAACGUCGUGGUCCUGUCCGGAGUGCUGAAAAACCAUCACCUGUCCAAACCCAUGUUCCUGUUCGUGGCCAACCUGGCUACGGCGGACUGCGUGGCGGGUUUGUUCUCGUUCUUCUUCUGCGCCCAUGUCCAACUGGAACUGUAUCGACCAUGGACAAUGGUUGGCUUGUACUGUACCUUCUUUUUAGUAUUGGCCUUAUCAGCAGUUGGCGUGGUCCUCCUGUCCAUGGACCGUUAUCUGGCCAUCCUCCACCCGAUAUUCUACCAGACCCGCAUGUCUGGGCGACACGUUGCCGUGAGUUUGGGGAUCGCGUGGCCAGCCUGUGUGUUCGUAUGUCUGUCUCCUCUCAUGGGCUGGAACUGCCAUAAUAUGAACACAGAGUCCUGCAUAAAUCACCUGCCCGUAAGUUACCUGAUUCUUUUCAACGUCAUCUUGCUGAUGGCCGUGGUGGUAGUGGUCUUCGUCAACGCAAGAAUCUUCUUCGAACUGAAGCAGCGCUUCUCCAGAACCAAGCCCCCCGAGAACCCGCAAGACAACCUGCCCGCCGCACGCCGCAGGGAACAGCGAGUCGCCGCCAGACAAUACCAGCAACUGAAAAACAGUUUGAAGAUGCAGGUGACCGUUAUCAUCAUUGCAGCAGUGUUCGUCGUCUUCUGGCUGCCGAUUUGCAUCGGGGGUGUGCGGCAGUUAAUGUGCUUUGCGAGACAAGACUGUGAGGUAAAAUCAAAGCCAAACUGGGGGUUGCUGAUCGCACUCUGCAAUUCGGUGGUCAACCCGGUCAUCUACGCGCUCAGGAUCAAGAAGAUUCGGGAAGCCGUGCAUCGUAGGGCGCGACGACUCGCCAGCACGGUUCGGGAAAAGGUGGGAUGGUCAUCGAAUCAAGUGGUCAACAUUAAGAUUGUGGGAGAUGCGCGAGUAGUGAACGCUGUUGCUGGACCAAGUAUAGACAAUCGGACUGACCAGCCGACUAAAUGGGCAGCCAGCCGAAGACUUGCAGAGAACCCCAGGAACGAACUGAACUCAAGCCGUCUGAAUGUGCCUUUCGUAACAUCGCCAGGGUCAGUGAAGAUGUCUCCUGUUGAAACCCCAAGCAGCGGAGAAGACGCCGAGUAA